AUGGCUUCGGUCACUUCUCUCGAUAAGGAUAUGCGCAAAUUGCGCUUGGACAGAUACACCCCGCAGGCUGCGAAUGAAGUGCGCUCCUUCAUCGAGGAAUCCCUGGGAGAGCGCCUGGCGCAAGGAGAUCUGCUUGAAAGUCUCAAGGAUGGCGUUGCGCUUUGCAAACUCGUCAACCUCGCGGCCCCAAAUACUCUCAGAUUCAAGGCCAAGGCCGUAAUGCCAUUUGUGCAAAUGGAGAACAUCUCCCUCUUUCUCGACGCUUGCCGAAACCCGCCCUUCAACCUCCAAUCGCACGACAUGUUCCUCACCGUGGAUCUGUACGAGUCAAAAGAUCCGGCCCAGGUAUUACAGUGUAUCGGCGCAUUUAGCAGAGCUGCCCAUCGAAUUGCUCCUUCACAUUUCCCCAACCCCGUCGGUGGAAAGUCGCGCGGUGGUGUUAUGAGUCCGCAAGGGACUGGUACAGGUUCAGGUGCCGUUGGGGGAGGGAGCUACGGAAACCGGGGCCGAGGGGUGUCAAACGCGAGCAAUACAUCUUCAGCCUACAAUCCAGGCGCAAGAGCCGUGGCAUUGACACCGACGAAAACUGGCGAGUCCAAUAGUGGGCGAUGGAGUCCGACAAAGAACGGUGGCACCCCAUUAUCCCCUGGUGGGGUCAGUAGUUGGAGCAAGAAAUCGGAUGAAGGAGCCACGGCUCCUGCUUGGAAUAUUGCGCAAUACGGUUAUAUGGGCGGAGCAAGUCAGGGGAACUUGGGUGUCUCAUUUGGUGGUAGACGGCAGAUUACUAGUGCGGGCCCGUUCGUCCCAAAUAUGGCCGAGAAAGAGAAGAAGCGGAGGGAGAAGGAGGCAGAAGACGAACGGUUACGGAUCCAGGCGGAAGACGAGGAGCGUAGGGUGCGGGAGGAGCUGAUUGCUGAAGAGGAAAGAGCCCGGGUUGAGGAGGAAGCGAGAUGGGCUGAGGAGUCGAGAAAAUUAAGAGAAAGAGAGAAACGGAAAGCCGAGGAGGAAAAGCGCAAGUGGGAGGAAGAGGAGCAGAGAUGGCGGUUAGAGGAGGAGAGGCGCGAGACGGAAGAGCGGGAGGCCGAGAUGACCUUACAGGAAGAGCGUAAGAGAGCCCGUGGAAACAGCGAUGCUCGACUACGGGGACAAUUUCUCAGCCAAUACCAAGCAGAAAACGGUAUCGCACGAAGCAACGGCGACAGCUCGGAAAGUAGCCGUAUCAAGGAGCUAGAACGCGAGCUCGAGAUGGCACGAGAGCGAGAGCGUCAAUAUGAGAGAGAGAGGCAGGCAAAGCUAAACCAAAGGAGUCGGCAGCAAGUCGAGGACCAUGAUAUGUCUAAUCGAAUCAAAGCAGAGCAAACCGCCAAAGUCCGCUCCCGGUCACGCAGUCGACCAAGGAUCCCAGAACGGAAGAGCAGUGAUGAGCAAUGGCGAGCAGACGAGCGAGAAUACCUACGCAAACAAUGGAGCGACCAACAAUCCAGCGAGAGCCCAAACCAUACCACCCCAACACCAUCCAAGUCCCCUCGCCCUCUACCAGAACCCACAGCAGCACCCCGCUUAACGAAGAACAACACCGGCUCCCGACCCCUCCCCGACCCAGCAAAAUACGCAUCAUCAUCCAAGCCUUCAACUCCUCAAACCUUCUCCCCACCACAAAAUCGAACAGACCGUUACCUCUGCUCAAACCCAGCGCCCCAACCAGCUCGCUCAAACGCUACGUAUUCCAAUGAAAUUGGCGGUUUUGACAGCACCGCCGAACGUGACGCGGAAGAUCGCCGCCGUCUACAGUCACAGCAGAAGACGAAAGCCGGGGGCUGGGCAUCCAAAUCCCUGUUAGAGCGAGAAAUGGAGAUGGAGAGGCAGCGACAGCAGGAAUGGGAAGAGAGCCAGAAAGAAGUAAAGAGUAAAGUCGCUAGUGGAUCAGGUGUCGAUGGCAUCGGUGGUGGUAUCGGCGGCAAAUGGGACGUCAACCAAUGGACGGGGUACACAGGCGGCGAUGGACAGAACCGCGGCAGUCAAGGAAUCGGAACUGGAAGACGACAGAUAGUCGGCCCUCGACCGCCUCCUGGGCGAUGA